AUGACAAUUGCACUAGACCUCGAGGAAGCCAUCCGAAUAGGACGAGAAGCCAUCGAUGCCACCCCGUCAGAUCAUCCCGAGCCGGCUAUGUUCUUGAACAACGUUGGGAAUCGUCUAGGCGACAGAUACGCACGGACUGGAGCGAUGGCAGACCUCGAGGGAGCCAUUCGUGUGACACGGGAAGCCAUCGAUGCCACCCCUCUACAUCAUCCGGACCGGGCUACAUUAUUGAACAACCUCGGAAUUCGUCUAGGUGACAGAUACUCAUGGACCGGAGCGAUGGCAGACCUCGAGGAGGCCAUUCGUCUGACGCGGGAAGCCAUCGAGGCCACCCCACUAGAUCAUCCGGACCGGGCUGGAUGGUUGAGCAACCUCGGAAAUCAUCUAGGUGACAGAUACUCACGGACUGCAGAGAUGGCAGACCUCGAGGAAGCCAUUCAUAUGAUACGGGCAGCCAUCGAUGCCACCCCGCUAUAUCAUCCGAACCGGGCUGGGUUCUUAAUCAACCUCGGAAAUCAUCUAGGCCGUAGAUACUCACGGACUACAGAGAUGGCAGACCUCGAGGAAGCGAUCCGAGUUGGACGAGAAGCCAUCGAUGCCACCCCGGUAGAUCAUCCGAACCGGGCUACGUUCUUGAACAACCUCGGAAAUCGUCUAGGCGACAGAUACUCGCGGAACGGAGCGAUGGCAGACCUCGAAGAAGCGAUCCGAGUUGGACGAGAAGCCAUCGAUGCCACCCCGGUAGAUCAUCCGAACCGGGCUACGUUCUUGAACAACCUCGGAAAUCGUCUAGGCCGUAGAUACUCGCGGAACGGAGCGAUGGCAGACCUCGAGGAGGCCAUUCGUCUGACGCGGGAAGCCAUUGAGGCCACCCCUCUACAUCAUCCGGACCGGGCUACAUUAUUGAACAACCUCGGAAUUCGUCUAGGCGACAGAUACUUACGCAUAGGCGCGAUGGCAGACCUCGAGGAUGCCAUUCGUCUGACGCGGGAAGCCAUUGAGGCCACCCCUCUACAUCAUCCGGACCGGGCUACAUUAUUGAACCACCUCGGAAUUCGUCUAGGCGACAGAUACUUACGCAUAGGCGCGAUGGCAGACCUCGAGGAGGCCAUUCGUCUGACGCGGGAAGCCAUCGAUGCCACCCCGCUAUAUCAUCCGAACCGGGCUGGGUUCUUAAUCAACCUUGGAAAUCAUCUAGGCCGUAGAUACUCACGGACUACAGAGAUGGCAGACCUCGAGGAAGCGAUCCGAGUUGGACGAGAAGCCAUCGAUGCCACCCCGGUAGAUCAUCCGAACCGGGCUACGUUCUUGAACAACCUCGGAAAUCGUCUAGGCCGUAGAUACUCGCGGAACGGAGCGAUGGCAGACCUCGAGGAGGCCAUUCGUCUGACGCGGGAAGCCAUUGAGGCCACCCCUCUACAUCAUCCGGACCGGGCUACAUUAUUGAACAACCUUGGAGUUCGUCUAGGCGACAGAUACUCGCGGAACGGAGCGAUGGCAGACCUCGAGGAAGCGAUCCGAGUUGGACGAGAAGCCAUCGAUGCCGCCCCUCUAGAUCAUCCAGACCGGGCUAUGUUCUUAAUCAACCUCGGAGUUCGUCUAGGCGACAGACACUCACGCACAAGCGCGAUGGCAGACCUUGAGGAAGGCAAGGAACGCUUCGUCGCUGCCUUGCGUCAGUCCGCCUCCGCUGUGAGCAUGCGUGUCGCAGCCGGCCGUCAUCUUCUGACAUCCCCAGCUAUACUUCAAGAUCGACAAGCAUACGCCAUUGCCAAAACGACGAUCGACUUGAUUCCCUUAUUGACGCCCCGUUCUCUGCAGAACUCAGACAAGCGGCACCUCCUCUCCGCGGCUGUCGGACUCUCGUCGGACGCGACAGCCAUUGCUCUGCAUGCCAACAGAGGCCCUGCUGCUGCUAUCGAACUGCUUGAGACUGGUCGUGGUGUCAUCGCGGGAGCCCUCUUCGAGCAAUCCGACCUUGCCGCUCUCGAACGCGAGCAUCCCGACCUGGUACGUUCCUUUAUCGACCUGCGAGAUCAACUGGACGCACCGGCGUCGGCUCGUUCCCUCGCUGCCGAGCGCCCCACUCUGGCCGCAGAGACGGAAGGCGAUCGGCGCCGCGACGCUGGACCCCAGCUUGCCGCUCUCCUCGAGACGAUCCGUUCCAAGUCCGGUUUUGAGCGAUUCCUCCUCUCCGCAUCGGAGGCCGAUAUGCUGGAGGCUGCGCGGCACGGCCCGAUCGUCGUCCUGAACGUGAGCUCGUAUCGCUGCGAUGCCUUGGUCAUUGAGCAGUCCGGCAUCCGAUUGCUGGAGCUGCCACACCUCUCCCGAGAGGCGCUCAACGACCAUGUCCGGGAACUUAGAACUCUUGACACGCUUGGGUGGCUCUGGGAUGCCAUCGUCUGUCCCAUUCUUAAUGCUCUAGGCUUUACUGGACCUCCUUCGGACAGUCAGUGGCCGCAAGUGUGGUGGGUCCCCACCGGCCCACUGACCCGGUUUCCACUCCAUGCAGCGGGACACCAUCUAAGGCGCACUGGCGAGACGGCGGUCGACAGAGUCGUCUCAUCGUACGCCUCGUCCGUCAAGGCGAUCAUACAGAGUCGGCGACGGCCACAGCACGCGCCGGAAGCCGGAGAGUCCCGAAAUGCCGUUGUCGUUGCCAUGCAGAACACGCCAAAACAGGAACCGCUCAAGCAUGCGAGCGACGAGGUUGAUGCCGUAGUAGCUGUUUGCGAGUCGGUGGGAUUGCCGCACACCCGGCCUCGACCCUGCAAGGCCGACGUCUCCUCGGCCUUGGAGGCCUGCAAGAUGUUCCACUUUGCUGGCCACGGCAGCACGCAUCCCACGGAACCGCUGGAGAGCCAGCUGCUCCUGGAUGAUUGGGAUCGGAAGCCAUUCACGGUGGCGAGCCUCCUGGAGACGAACCUUACCUCGAAGCCGCCAUUCCUCGCGUACCUCUCGGCAUGCGGGACUGGUCAGAUCCUGGAUGAGGGGUCUGUUGACGAGAGCAUCCAUCUGGCCAAUGCUUGCCAGCUUGCGGGGUUCCGCCAUGUAGUGGGCACGCUUUGGAGCGUAAAUGACGGGUUAUGUGUGGACAUGGCGAGAAUGACGUACGAGUUUCUGCGGGAUGAGGGUAUCCGGGAUGAAACCGUAAGCCGGGGGCUUCACCGAGCGAUGAGGACGCUCCGAGACCAGUGGGUGGAGUUCGAGGAUGCCGGACGCGGAAAGUCAUGGUCAUCGGGAGCGGACAGGGACGCUGAAUUGAGACAAGGGUCGGAGCCGAGGCGGCCGCUCUGGGUUCCUUAUGUUCACUUUGGCGUUUGAUAUUGAAUGUCAUACAACAUUUGACUUCUCGCCAUGUGUGAGAAGCCAGGCUUGCGCGCAAUCCUUCCAAGGUAACGUGUUGGAACCAUUUUUACCCGUCGCUCUUGCUGAAGGCGAUUACGCCCACUUUGCACAAUGAUGUUCUCAAGGCAGGCUUGUAGAAUACUCCAUUUUGCGGGGGCUAGUUACAUUUGACGCUGCCUCCACAAAGAUGUUUUAACUCAUAGAGGAAUGGGAACCAACUGUUA